AUGCUCGGAUACGAGUGUCUAUACUCCAAGAGUCCCCGCUCCUUCCUCUUCUCCGUCGUCGCCAAUGUCGGCCCCCGUGGCGCCAGCCGCUCCCUGGCCGUGGCCUACCGCCAGGGCAACGACAGGGACGCCUCAGCGUCAUCUCGGGCACGCGUGGAGAAUGUCGUGGCAGACACCCUCGCGCUGAUCGAAAUCCUCUCGGAUCCCAUGAACCGCGCGCCGCUCGAGGCGGAGAGGGCGCUCGCGGAGGGCUGGUAUCGUCGGUCUCAGGGGGGCAACGAGACCGAGAGUACUGAGCGUCCCACCAUUCCAGACACGCCGCAGCCCCCUUUCAUCGUGCCUGAUGGCUCCUGGCGGCGGGAGCAGCCGCAAAUACUGCCCGAGCUGCCAUGGCAUGAUGACGCGCUCACCGAGUUCCCCUUUACAACGACAUGCCUUUUGCUCGGGUUGUUGCGCGAUGAUAGAGAUGGCGAUGCUAAUGCCACUCAUAGCAACAGCACACGCCCUGGUGACGUCCAGCUCCAGCCGCUAUCGACUGUGUUCCGUGGCGACUGCACCGAGUAUGGCCUUGUCGUUCUCGAUAUCUCCGACCUCGACAGCGGCGUCAAGUACGGCAUCGUUGGUUUCCCCGUGUGCUACAUGGCCGAGGUUACCCUCUACUGCAAGGAGGGUGGCUGGGAUCCUAUUGAAGACCCCCCGCCUAAGAAGGAGCCUGACAUUAUACUCAUCAGCCCGCGGCCUCGAGUGCCGUUGUCUAUUCUCCGGUGGCUACGCAAGUACUUCUACUACAUGAGCCUGGACGCGGGACCCAGCGUCCUGAGACUGGAGGAUAGGCCGCUUAUUGAUGCUGCAGCCUUGGACUACUUCUGGCCUUCAAAGUCCACUACCCGCGCCAAAAGUACAUCGACCUCAUCACCUUGGCGCUUAACCACGUCCGACGAGCCGCCGCGAGAUGCGUACAUAGACCGCGCCAAAGAUGCAUCGUCCACAAUAGGCUCGCGCUUGACCACGUCACACGAGCCGCCGCGAAAUGCGCAUAUAGACCGCGCUAUCGAUAAUCUGCUGAUUCUCACACAGGAGCUCGCCGACCUCCACCUCGACGAAAAGACAAUCGGCAAAUUCCAAAAGCUCGCCGAGUUCCGCGAGCAGCUACGGCGGCGGCUCGAAGAGGUGCCCGACAGCCUGGGCCCGUCCUCCGAGGCCUCGGGCCAUAUUCUGCGCGUUGCGUACGCUGGACAAACGCACCUCAACUGGGUCGCGUUUAGGAACGUCGCGCCCGGCCUGAUCGCUGCCGCCGUUGCAUCCGACGAGCUUCGGGGCGCGUCUGCACUCAGCCUCUGCGUCGAUAAAUUCAAGCUGGAGGGAGGCGAGGGAGACCUCGGUGAUCUAGCAGCGGCCCUGGCGCAGUCCACGGCCCUCAAACAGCUCUGUUUCUUGCAGGGACCGGAUAGGGAUAGCGACGACGCCUCCGAUCGUUUCUGCACGCAGCUGCUGCUGCAGGAAAGGUCAUCAGGAGACUUGGGGUGGCUCCGCGACAAAACCAUCUAUCCGACUUACGCCUUUUCGACGUACUUGCGCAGCGGCAAGUUCACGUCGCCCUCGACUACUAGUGUCACUUUCACUUCCUCCGUCGUCCAAGUCUUUCCCGUGAUACACAUGUUCACGUUUGUGAGUAAUCAGCGCGAAGAUGUCGCAGACGCAGACCACCAGAAUAGUUACUACUACACCAUGGGCAACACCCUUCUAGACGCCGAGCGCUUUGCCGUCCGAUUUCUAUCAUACCUCCGUUCCGUGGGUUCGGGUUCUAACAAGGCCAUCUUGCGAUUCGCAUACGGGGGGGCCUCCUCGUCAGUCACCACCACCACCAACGACGACAAGUCACCGCCGCCAUCGCCAUCGUCGGGACGGUUCGCUGUGAGUCCCAUUCCCGCCGGAUUCUUUGGCAACCACCUCGCAGCAAAUGAUGAGUCAAGAGUCAGAGUCAGAGAUAUACACCCCGGCAGCUGGGUGCUUCUUCUGGACCAACAAGGCCGCAGUUCAAGCGACGAUGACGAUGUCUUUCUACGAUACUCUUUUGUCAGAAUCCGUCGAACUUCUGCCGAGAUUGCACCCGAGCAACAACAGCAAAGACCCAUCCCUGUCGAUAAUCUCGUCGAGGUAGUAGGCGGGCUAACAGAUUUCCUGCGCGAGACCAGGUCAGGGAUCGAUAUUUCCACGUGGGAGAAACGAGUCGAGGAGGCAGAAAAGGACCUCCGCGCGCGGCGGGAUUCAAUUGAAACGGGGAAACGCUGCAUUGGCAUCGGCGUCAUGGCUGAGAGCAGUGCCCGGGCAUUGCUUGACCAGUUACUGUGA